GUAGACGCGGUCCAGUUGUUCCAAACGUAAUUCAAACGUGAUCGAUCAGUGGAGCAGAAGGAGUUUAGACGACUUGAACUAUGUCCGCACUUCGCCCUGGCCGCUGCUUUUCUGGUUAGACAACAAGGGUUAAUAUUCACUAACUCCGAACACCUUCUGGCCCGAAACAACCCGUCUGCGCGCAUUUCUUCCGGCAGAGGGCCCAAAAUGCUCCCACCUUUUUCAUAAUAUUGUUUUAAGAAGAUAAAUCAUUUCCACUGAAACAUGAACUCAUAAAGACUGAUUUCCACUCCGGGAGCUCCUGAAUAGCUUCCAUAAAGUUAUGUAUUUACCAAAGCAAACAGUUGUGCGGCUGUGUGUGAUUUGUUGAGAUUAACCGAGCCUGCUGCGGGAGCUCACAAUGCAGCUUUGUUGCUCAAAACAGCUUAACACAUCAAGUGACCGGAGAUGUAGAAGCUCCGCGCUCUCCUCCUUUUUCUGGUCCCGAUUCUUUUACUUCAGCAUUUUCAUUCCACCGAAGCCGACCGCACGCCUCCUCCACGCCACGCUUGCGUUUUCGCAGGUGAGUAACAACCGUGAUACCUGGGCUGGGCUGUAGUUGAACGUGGGACAACAGAUUUAGGUUUUUAGUAUUAUUUCAAAUGUUGGCUGUGUUUGCGAAGGCUUCCUCACAGUUCUGAGGUUUCAAUCAGAGCUUCUGCCUUCUUAUGCGGGUUUUCUCUCACCUUCCAAAAACAUGCACGUUAGGUUCAUUGAAGCCUCUAAAGUGUCCAUAGGUGCGAAUGUGAAUAGUUUGUGAAUAUGUGCCCAGCGACUGACUGGCGAUUCAGAGCAUACCCAAACAGCCUCGCACCCAAAGUCAGUUCCAGCUCAUUGAUGACCCUGCAGUGAGGACACAUGCGAUAGAAAAGGAAUAGAAGCAUCUUUGCCGCAUGAGUUCAUGAAAGGAUGUUUGUGUUUUUUUGCCCGUGAUUCUGCGAUCCAGACGAAGCAAACGGAGGCGUCCUUCAUGUCAAGCCACUGCGGAACAAAGCAGGAGCAGCAGCGGCAGCAGCGGCAAUGACAGUGACUUACUCCCGCAGGGUGGCAGACGCAGGCCUCGGCACUUUCUUCCACUUGCUCCUGCGCUGGAAGGGCAGCAUCUACAAGCUCCUCUACAGGGAGUUUAUCAUCUUCACCCUUCUCUACUACUUCUUCAGCGUUGUCUAUAGGUUCGUGUUAAAUGUUGAGCAGAAGAGGCAGUUUGAGAAGCUUUCCAUGUACUGUGAUCGCUACGCCGAGCUCAUCCCCGUGUCUUUUGUUCUUGGUUUCUAUGUGACCUUGGUGGUAUCCCGCUGGUGGGGUCAGUUUGAAAAUGUGCCCUGGCCCGAUCGCCUGGCGUCACUAGUGGGAGGUCACGUGCGGGGACCCGACGAGUCCGCCAGGUUGACCAGGCGCACUCUGAUGCGUUACGCCAACCUCUCUGGUGUGCUCAUCUACCGCUCUGUCAGCACGGCCGUCUACAAGCGGUUCCCCACCAUGGAGCACCUGGUGCAGGCAGGUUUGAUGACAUCGGAGGAACUCAAACAUCUGGAGGACUUGCCCUCCCCUCAUAACAAGUUCUGGGUUCCCUGCAUGUGGUUUGUCAGUCUGGCUUUGCGGGCCCGGACUGAGGGUCGUAUCAACAACGACGUGGCUCUCACCGCCAUUCUCACUGAGUUGAACAGUCUACGUGCGAAGUGCAUGAAGCUGUAUGGAUACGACUGGAUCAGCCUGCCUCUGGUCUACACUCAGGUGGCGACCGUGGCGGUCUACAGCUUCUUCCUAGCUUGUCUGAUUGGUCGUCAGUUUUUGGAUCCGGCCCAAGCCUACCCUGGUCACGACCUGGACUUUUAUCUGCCCGUAUUCACACUGCUGCAGUUUUUCUUCUACGUUGGCUGGCUGAAGGUGGCUGAGCAACUUAUCAACCCCUUUGGCGAAGACGAUGACGACUUUGAGACCAACUGGCUCGUCGAUCGCAAUUUACAGGUAUCUUUGUUGUCUGUGGAUGAGAUGUACGACAGCCUCCCGGUGGUUGAAAAGGACAUGUACUGGAAUGAGUCUGAGCCUCGCCCUCCCUACACCGCUGCCAGCGCCGAUCACUGUAAACGAUCAUUCAUGGGCUCUGCUCUCGAUAUCAGUGUUCCAAAAGAGGAGAUGGAGUUUCAGUCCAAUUUGGAGCAAAUUAAAGAAAAUGAGGAAGCCAACUACUCCACACCGCUUUUGGGAGGUCUGGGUCGCUUCCUGGGUGUGCAAUCCCCCAGCUUCCCUCGCUCAUCUCGGGUCUCUCUCCUACGCCGCCGCCCUGGAGCACCGCUGAGUCGCUUCCCUCUUUACUUACACACAGAGGCUCCAACGGUCACAAACCAAGCACAACAACCCUUGAACGGAGAGCGAGAUCAGAAUUACGCCUUCUCCGGCCUGCCCUUGUAUGAGAGACCGGGUUUUUACAGUUGCCCACAAACGCCCAUCCAUUGCGUGCCCCCCGCGGUGGCCCGACCUCGACCUGCUCGACGGCCGCAAAAUGAAUGUGAUCGCAGCUGCAGCUCCCUCGCUCCUCCGGCGGUGGGCUCACAGCUGCUGCCCCCCGACACCCCCAAUCACAUCCCGCCACCGCCAUCUUCGGCUUUCCCCUGGCUGAGCGAGGACGGCGAGACCCCGGCCUUCUCCUUCCCCGACCCUCCACCUCAGCUUUGCCCCAUAUCGAAACUCAGGCGUGGGCACGGCCUGCUGUCUCGGCGGCCUCCUCCCCCGUGCCUGACACUGGAUGCCUUGUCGCCCGCCGAAAGCCAGGCAGGACCCCUGAGCGCCAGAACAACGGGAAGUGGAGGAGAAAGGGUGUCCUCAUUUACCCCGCCCUCUCGUCACGGCCCAGCAAACCCAAGUAAUCCAAACACCAGCUCAAGCAGCAUUAACGUGACAAGCAGCAAUGGCGCCGGCACAGCCGGAAGUCUUUGCAACGGCACCAAUCUUAGUACCUUUGGGAACUUUGCCGCCAAUGUGAAGGCGAGCAACAGCGGGCUGAAUAACCAAACCACUUCCAGUACGACACCUUCACAGCAAGAAGGCAAUCAGCAAAAUUCCCCCAAUGAUUCUGGAAUCUCAUUGGCUGAAGGAGACCUGCUGGGCGUGCUUGUAGAUGGUGGCGGAAACAAAACAGCUCCCAGUAGGAAGCAGGACUGAGAAAAUGCAGUUUGUAUGUCACGUGGCAAUCUACACACUAGAACUAUUUUAGGUGUAUUAAACGCAAGGGGAGCCUUAUCAAGAGCAGGUAAUCUCCACUUACUGGUGAGUGCUCACAGAACAAUUAACCUACUUGUGAUGCACAAAGCACCUUAAAAGAUUUGAGCGUUAACGUGGGGAAGAAAUAAAAAUAUACGAAGACCAAUUGUGGAUUACUUAAAACGACAUGUUUUAAAGAUUGUUGCUUUUAUUCGUUUUUGAAUCACCUUCAACAGCAAUGUUUUUUUUUUUCCAAUGAAGAACAUGAAAUAUUUUUUUGUGGUUUUAUUUGCUUCAUACAGGGAAACGAUAUGUACACUUAGUUUGGAGAAACUGUCUGUACAGCUCCAGACCAACGUACAGUGUGAUAUGACCAUUGUGGUCGUAGAGGUGUACAAUAAAUAUGAACCCAGUUUAUUAGAACAGGCAAAAAUAUUCCAGAAAAUUUAGCAUUUUUAAUAUUAUUUACUUCCAAACUUUGAUCUAUUGAUUUUUUCGUUAAACAGAAAAAUAUUCUGUGAAUCUCAUGUUUUUUAAUAACACUUGUGUGUUAAGUGUAUAACUGACAUCUUGAUAAUAACUUUGUUAGAACACAAAUAGUCGUGAUUUACUAACCCAAUUCCAAUGAAGCUGGGAUGUUGAGUUAAAUAAAAACAGAAUACAAUGCUUUGCAAAUCAUGUUGAACCUAUAUUUAAUUUAAUAAAAACAUAUUUGUUUGAACUGAUGAACUUGGUUGUUUUAGCAAAUAAUUUUUAACUUGGAAUUUUAUGGCUUGAAACAUGUUUCAAAAAAGCUGGGUCAGGGUCACAUUUUUUUUCAAUAACAUUCAAUAAACAUUUAGGAACUGCGGACACUCAUUUCUAAAGCGUUGAUGCGCAGCUUCAGCUGUUCAACAGUCUGGCAUCUCUGUUGUUGUGUUUUAUACUUCAUAAUGCACCACAAACAUUUUCGAUGAGAGACAGGUCUGGACUGGAAGCAGGCCAGAGUAGUACUAGUACUUUUACUACAAAGCCAGGCUGUUGUAACCUAUGAUAAUGUUGUUUGACAUGGUCUUGCUGAAAUAAGGGGCAUCCAUGAAAAAGACGUUGCUUGGAUGGCAGCAUGUUUCGCCAAAACCUGCAAGUACCUUUCAGCAUUAAUGGUUCCUUCGCAGAUGUGUAAGUUACCCAUGCCAUUGGCACUAACACACCCCCAUACCCUCACAGAUGCUGGCUUUUGAACUUUGCAUCCCUAAAUGGUUCAGAUGGUUCUAUUAGUCUGCAGCCUGGAGGACACGGCAACCAUAAUUUCCAAAAACAACUUGACUUGUUAGACAACAGAACACUUUUUCCACUUUGCAUCAGUCCAUCUUAGAUGAGUAAGGACCCAGGGAAGCCAGCAGCGUUUCUGGGUGUUGUGGGCAAAUGGCUUCUACGUUGCAUAUAGUAACUAACUGUAUUUACUGACAAUGGUUUUCUGAAGUCUUCCUGAGCCCAUAUGGUAACACACUUUACCCACUGAUGACGGUUUUUGAUGUGAUGGCGCCGAAGGGAUCGAAGGUCACGGGGAGUCCAUGUUAGUUUUUGGCCUUGCUUCCAUGCAGUGAUUUCUCCAGAUUCUCUGAACCCUUCUAUGAUAUUAUGGACCGUACAUGGUGAAAUCCCUAAAUUUCAUGCAAUUGCAAAAAAAAAAACCCCAAAAAACACAC